AUGACCAAAGAUGCCCAAGAAAAAGUGCAAACCUCCAAAAAAGGAGAUGUGAGAAGGUCCUGGAAAAAAGUUACGGCUGCUCUGGCAGCCGGGGGAAUUGCUGGAGCUGUGGCCAAAACCACGAUCGCUCCAUUGGAUCGGACAAAGAUCUUCUUCCAAGGUGAGAUGUUUUUUUUAUUUUUCUUCGGAUUUUAGGUGUCGCGAAAUGAACAAAGCAUCUGUUUACUGAAGAAAAGGGAAUGAAAAAUGUGUAGGCGAUGACGGGAAAGUACAGAUUAUGUUGUUUUUGGACCAGCUACCUGGAGUUUACAGCGAAAUUUUAGCAAGAAUAUUAUUUUAGGUAACAAAUUAUGGGUUUUAAAUUGUGGGUGUCAAAUAUUACAGGGUGUACCAAAUUCGGUGCCCGAUUUGAAUUGGCUAUAACUUCUUUAAUUUUGGGCCAAAUUUUAAAAUUCUUUUUUCCCUGAAUCCUCAGACAACCCCAUUUUGUCUGAUACCAAAUAUGUUAUACAUAGGUAAGUGUCAUCUACAGUUAUUGCAUUUAUUCUUGAAGUUCAUUUUUUUGGUCGUUUUUCGGUUGUUUUUUCGGCCUUUCCCGGUGUGUCCGAAAAUGGAGUACGGUGCGGAAGAAAAAUACGGUGGAAUUUCCCCUCCUGAAAAUCGACGAUGAGAAUAAGCACAAAAAGUGAAGAUCAACCUCCAGAGUUCGUCGAAUGGUCCUUGGUGAAGGCAUUCCCUCGGUUCUGGCCAAACUUCGUGUACUCAUAUGCGGAUUUUCUCGGAAUUUUGACAAAACUUCUUCCAUUUUCAGCUAGGUUCGUACCCAUCUUUCCUGCUUUUUUUGUUUCCUGUUAACGCUGCCAGUCUCAAGGAACCUAUUCCACCAACGCCGAAAUGUCUUGCGAUCUGGGUUGGGCCUUACGUCCGUAUUUCAUCCUGUAUUCCCUUUGAACAUUUAUCGGCGAACCGUAUUUGCCAUACCAAACCACAGACCAAGCUUUUUCUUCCACACCGUACUCCAUUUUCGGACACACCGGGAAAGGCCGAAAAAACAACCGAAAAACGACCAAAAAAAAAUGAACUUCAAGAAUAAAUCUAAUAACUGUAGAUGACACUUACCUAUGUAUAACAUAUUUGGUAUCAGACAAAAUGGGGUUGUCUGAGGAUUCAGGGAAAAAAAGAAUUUUAAAAUUUGGCCCAAAAUUAAAGAAGUUAUAGCCAAUUCAAAUCGGGCACCGAAUUUGGUACACCCUGUAGAAGGAAAUUAAUGAAAUUUAGUUAGAAGUUUGACAAAAAACGUUAGUUAAUUUCUAUGAUGAAUCUCUGGUUGUAAUUUUUUGCUAUAAAGUUUAACAAAUUUUGUUGUACAUAUUGACUUGGAUUUCUGUUUAUUUUAGGUAAAAAAUUAAGUUUUGACAGUUGUAUAAGCUAAUGAUCGUUUCUGAACAAAGUCUUAAUAUAGAAAUAAAAGUCUCAAUACCAUUAUUAAAUUAUCUUUAGUGACCUCCGAACGCCGAUAUCAUCUGAAAUCCGCAAUGAAAUUUGUGAAGGUCAGCUAUCAAACUGAGGGCUUUUGGUCCCUCUUUCGUGGAAAUUCUGCCACAAUGGCCCGUGUUAUACCAUUCGCAUCCAUCCAAUUCGCUUCCUACGAACAGUAUCGACUUAUGCUUCACGUGGAUGAAGGAGGGUAAGGAGAAUAUUAUUUUACUGAUUUUUUUGGUUCAUGUUAUUGUAGGUGGUCCGAUAUAUGAGUUGAAAGGUGGCUUGGGAAUUUUGGCAAUAAUAGCACUUGUUUUGCCGAUUUUUUAUAUUAUACUUGACCAUAUUUUAGAUCCCACACUCCAUUCCGACGAUAUCUCGCAGGAUCCUUGGCUGGAAUCACCGCUACAACUCUAACAUAUCCUCUGGACACUGCCAAAGCCCGUCUUUCAGUCUCAACCAAGGAGGAAUACCCCAAUCUGAGAGCAGUGUUCAAGUAUGAAUAUCAAAAAAGUGGUCUCAAAAACCUUUAUCGAGGUCUCUGGCCCACCUUGGUGGGUGUGAUACCGUAUGCCGGCUCUGGAUUUUAUGUGAAUAGCAGUUUGAAGUUGUGGUACAAAGGUGAGGGAUUGAAAUCGAAGUUUUUCAUCUAGUGUAAUAUAAUUUUUGAAAAUGUUUAGUUUUUAAUAUUUUAAAUGAUUCUUACAGAGAAGUUCAAAAAAAAUCCCCCACUUGGUCUGGAGCUGAUAUUUGGUGCCACUGCUGGCAUCACCGGCCAAGUUUCUUCGUAUCCAUUGGAUAUAAUCAGACGGAGAAUGCAAACGGGAAAGAUCCCGGAGGGCCAAGGAGUCGUCAAGUCGUUGAUUAUUAUCGCGAGGACUGAAGGAAUCGCUGGUGGACUUUAUAAGGGACUCAGCAUGAACUGGAUUAAAGGCCCCAUCGCCGCCGGCCUCGCCUUCACUGUCAACGAUCGACUAAAACCCAUCUUUUUGAAGUGGGCCGAGUAAAAAUAGGUUCAUCCAACAGUAGGGUAGAUUAUAUUUUGCAUAUUACGGUGCUUACUAACGCAGCUCAACCUCCGUUAUAACAAAAUUUUAUUUUUAUGUCUGGUCCAAUAUCAAUUCUAUUUUAAAACCGAUGUUUUCCGACUUCCUGGUGUUGAUCCUCUCUUGUACAAACUUUUCCAAGUUAUCUCGGGUCAUUUGAAAUGCCAUAUUUUUUUUAAAUCGCCUUAUAUUACACAUACCGUGUGUCAAAAAAAGAUUGUGCCUAUCGGUUGAGAAACGCCUCAGAAUAAACUUUUAUUGCGUUUACAAAUCGUUUCAAGUGGUGUAUUUUAUGAUUAUAUGGUUGUUUUUACCAUGAUAUUUCGUAUUUUUUGAUCCUUGAAAAUUUCUGAUUUUUUUUAUUUUUUAGAAUUUUUUAGAAGUUGUAGAUGAUUUCAGGGUAACAUCAUUCAAGAUUGAACGAACGACGGGUAUUUCGUAGCACCUCCUAGGUCACCUCCACUCCAAAUAACCUCAUCUCCGACUUACAUUACACGUCCACUUAUGUAAAUCGCGUUUCUUUCCAAAAUUUCCUUUCCAUUUCUCCAUUUCCGGCGGCACCGUGCUGAUCGGUCUUUCUCCUUUUUCCAGCCAACAUACGAACACAUAGUAAGUUGAGUGUUUUUUAUUAGUGUUAUGAUUUUAGGUAAACCGAGGUAUGAGAAGUGAGAGAUGGGUCAAAUAACGCCUCCAAGUCCAGACCUUCUGGCCCUUUUCCUUCAUAUCGCACAGUGCAAUGGUGCUCGGGAGAAUGUCGAGCCGAAAGCGAAGGAUCUCCCCAAAUGGCGACGGAUCCUUCCUUCGCUGGCCUCAGGCGCCUUGGCUGGGGCUUGUGCGAAAACGGUGAUCGCUCCGUUGGACCGAUGCAAAAUCAACUUCCAGGGUAUGGUUAAUGAGUGAUUUUGAGCUUUUUGAAAUUCGAAAAUUCCGUCAUGAUGACUGAUUUUUUAGAAAUUUUGAUUUUUCAGCUAGUAUAAUGUCGCUAUGACUAAAAAAGGCUAAUAAUGUCCCGAAAUUUGAUGUUUUUUAAUUGCAGUAUCAACGACCCGGCGAUAUUCGUUCCGAGAAGCCAUCAAAUUUGUGAUACGCACCUACCAAAAGGACGGAUUUUUCGCUUUGUAUCGCGGGAAUUCGGCCACAAUGGCUCGAGUGGUCCCAUACGCGGCCAUCCAAUUCGCAGCGCAUGAAGAGUACAAAAGACUCCUACGAGUGGACCGAGACGGCAAACCCACCCAUGGGCGAAGAUAUGUGUCCGGAUCUUUGGCCGCCAUCACCUCCACCACCAUCACCUACCCUUUGGACACGGCCAAGGCUUGUUUAUCAGUCUCAGACAAGACGAUUUAUCCAAACCUGAGAUCAGUAUUUAAAAUUGAGUAUCAGAGGCAUGGAUUCUGGAUAUUUUACAGAGGAUUGGGCCCAACUUUGCUCGGUGUGGUCCCGUAUGCUGGAAGCAGUUUUUUCACCUACGAAACGCUGAAAUUACUAUAUAAAGGUGAGUGAAUUUUUGUGGAAAGAGUUUUUAUUGAACCUUGAAAGAAGUUUUAAGAGGAAGAGGAAGAUUCGUAGGCUGUUUUAUGGUUUUUUUUGCAAAAUUUUAUAUUUUUUUACCUUCAGAGGAGUUCAAAACGAAACCCGGCCCAAUAAUCAGCAUGUUGAUGGGCUCCUUCGCCGGCCUGGUCGGCCAGUCCUCUUCCUACCCGCUGGACAUUGUCCGACGACGAAUGCAGACCGGCCGAGUCCCCGCGAAUCAAGGAGUCAUCAAGACUUUGAUGGAUAUAGCCAGGACGGAAGGAAUUGUCCGCGGCUGGUACAAGGGCCUCAGCAUGAACUGGGUCAAGGGGCCAAUAGCUGUGGGGAUAACGUUCACCACCUACGAUCAUGUCGUCAUCUUCUUCCGUCGGUUGAUUCAGGGAUAA